AUGCGGUAUGAAUCCACUCAGAGGCAUAUGGGAGCCUUGUACGUAGGAUAUCAGAAAACUACCGAGCUAGCUACAGGGGCGAGUCAGGGUCGAGCCAGGGCCUUGUACGUAGGAUAUCAGAAAACUACCGAGCUAGCUACAGGGGCGAGUCAGGGUCGAGCCAGGGUCGGAGCCGAUACGGAGACCCUUCGGAUAGAAUCGUUACAGUGA